AUGUACGGGAUGGAGCUUCGCGCGCCGCUAUCCCUAGGACUCCAAGCUUCUCCAGAAACAGCAGUGCAGUCAUGGGAAGCAAGGGAUACUGCAGCGGACGCCAUUAAGCUAGCCCAGAUGUCAAUGAAAGCUGCUUACGACCGCGGCCAUCAGGCGAUCGCGUUCGAAGUUGGUGAGAAGGUACUCCUACGUCUACAUAAGGGGUACAAAGUCGGGGCCACAUUGCCCCAUAAGAUAGGAAACCAGUAUGCAGGCCCCUACACGGUCCUCCAACGUGUGGGUAAUCUAGCCUACCGCCUUGACCUUGGCCCAGAAUCACAGUUACACCCCGUUAUUUCAGUGGCCCACUUGGAGAAGUGUCCACAGGAGGCCGACCCAUAUAAUCGCACACAGCUGGAGCCGGGACCAGUUGAGGUUGAUGGAGAGAAGCUUGGUGAUAAGUUUCGGUCAUACGAAAUUGAAAACCUGCUUCGCAAGGAGUGGCGAAAGGAGAAGUCAGGUCGCGAUAAGGGCAAGCAGACGCCAUGGUACCUUGUCAAUUGGCAGGGCUAUGGGGACAAGCAUAAUUUGUGGUAUCGAGAGGAGCAUCUUGCAGACGCUCAGGAACUGGUUGACGCUUACAACAACAAACAUCCAGAAACGCGCGACGCACCUCAACAGGCAGAAAACACCAAAGCGCCAGAACCCACACGUCGACCAGGCCGACCACGCAAGAGCGGCGCGCCAGUACAACGGGGAAGAAGCAACAGACGUCGACCAGGCCGGGCACGCAAGAGCGAAGCUAGAGUGGCUCGCCCACCACCAGCCAAGCGUGGAGGGAGGUCGACGAAGUAG